AUGCCUACCAGUCGCGAAGGCUAUCUCUGGACGCCUACCAGCGAAACAACCGGCCUCACCACCGACGCCGUUGUUAGUGGCACGCCAGACUCCUUGAUCCGUGACAAGUACGAUGUCGUUGUCAUCGGAACCGGUUUUGCUGGUCUCAUUGCGGCUCGGAACCUCUCUCGCAACCCGAACCUUACGGUGCUACUUCUCGAAGGUCGGGACCGUAUUGGUGGAAGAACAUGGACUGCGAAAGCCUUAGAGGAAGAGUUCGAAAUGGGAGGAACUUGGGUCCACUGGAACCAACCUCACGUGUACGCCGAAUUGCACCGCUACGGGUUACACUCCAACCUGAAGACCUCCGCCGGAACGCUCGAUGCCAAAACGACGUUAUAUACAGCUGCUUUCUCAACUCCCAACAACCUCGACGGCGAGGACGUCAACUCGGCUGUUCAACGAGUCGCAGAUGCCUUCUUCGCCAUCGAUGGCCUCUCUAGUCGCGACCUCAUGCCCUACCCUCACGAACCAUUCCGACAACCCGUUCCAUGGCUCAAAUACGACCACCUCUCUGCCAAGGACCGUCUUGACCAGCUUGAUCUACCUCAGAUUGAGAAGGACCUAUUCGAUGCCAUGGUCAGCUCCUUUGGCUCAGCUCCUUGCUCUGAAUGUGGUUUUACCGAAGCGUUGCGCUGGUAUGCACUUGGAGGACACACCAUGGCUGGCGUUUUCGAGCUUGCCGGUGUAUAUAAAAUCGGCAAAGGAGGAAUGAGCUCUCUAGCUCGUUCAAUUCUCGCCGAGUAUCAUGGACACUUGCUGUUUAGUACUGUCCUUGAAAAGGUUGAGCAGAGUAACUCAUCUGUCACCCUGACUACAAAGAAUCGCAGGCAGAUCCAGGCAAGCCAGGUCAUUUCGACAAUCCCAUUGAAUUGCCUGUCGGACAUUUCGUUUACGCCGUCGCUCUCCCCACUCCGUCAAGAGGCCAUCAGAGCUGGUCACAUUAAUCAAGGAGCGAAAAUCCACUUCAAGCUUAGCCAAACCGAGCCAGGCUUCUUUGCAAUGGCAAGUGGCUAUGGAAACUCGCCCUGGUGCUUCUCCUUCUCCGACCACAAUGGAACAGCCAAGAAAGAUGGCACCUACUGCAUUGGAUUCGGCUAUAACGGACAUCUCACAGAUCCUCGCGCCUCGAACCACAUCAUCUCUACUUUCAAGCAGUACCUGAAGCCCGAUGCUGAUGUCAAGGCGUACCUGACGCACGACUGGAUGAAUGAUAGCCUUGCCAAAGGAACUUGGAGCUGUUGGGGCCCGAAUGCCAUGUCCAAGUGGCUCAAGGAGCUGCAAGCAUCAGAUGGAAGAGUUCACUUUGCUAGCGCUGAUUGGGCUGAUGGGUGGAGAGGGUUUGUUGAUGGUGCUAUUGAGAGAGGUGUGGUUGCAAGCAGGGAUGUUGAGCGGUUGCUUCUGGAGGAGCAAGUCAAGUCCAAGAUCUAA